AUGGUCGACGUCUCAGAGCCUGAGAAAUCCAACUCGCAUGGGCCAUCCGCGCUCAGCCGGCACAAUACCGCCGUGACACGAAUCUCAGCACGAGUCGCCCAAUUCCACAAGGCUGGAACUCCCUUUCGGAUUUUUCAUGGGAACACCAAUUCAACCAGACCGAGCAUUAGAACUCUCUCGGAAACAGUCGACAUCUCGGAUCUCAACCACGUCAUCUCUGUCGACACAGAGAAGCGAACGUGUCUCGUCGAGCCGAAUGUGCCAAUGGACUUGCUGGUCGCCAGCACCCUACCGUUAGGACUAGUAUGUCCCGUCGUGCCUGAAUUUCCGGGCAUUACGGUCGGCGGCGGCCAUGCCGGCACAGCGGGCGAGAGCUCGAGUUUCCGGCAUGGGUUCUUCGACCGAUGCAUCAAUUGGUUUGAGAUGGUGUUGGCCGACGGACAGGUGGUGGUUGCUUCUUCUGAAGAAGGAUCCGAGAGGAAGGAUUUGUUUGACGGUGCGGCGGGCACGUUUGGCACGCUGGGUGUGGCGACUUUGUUUGAGAUUAGACUUGUGCCGGCCAAAACCUAUGUCGAGUUGACGUAUCUUGCGGUCAGGAGCAUUGAGGACGCUCAGAGAGAGAUUGCCGAACAGGCAGAGGAUGAGAGUGUGGAUUUCUUGGAUGGGAUCAUGUUCGCUCCGGACGGCGGUGUCGUUAUGGCAGGACGAUUUGCGGAGCAAAAGGACAAAGAUCAACAUCUUCCAGUCGCAACUUUCACCGGACCGUGGGAUGACUGGUUUUAUCUGCACGCCGAAUCUCAAUUGAAGAGUAUCAGGGCCACCACUUCCUCUUCUGUACAACCACCACCAAGAGAACUGGUCCCUUUGACAGACUAUCUAUUCCGCUACGACCGCGGCGCCUUCUGGACCGGCAGAUGGGCUUUCGAAUACUUCUACACGCCUUUCACACGCCUGAUGCGGUACGCCUUCGACUACUGCUUCCACACACGCGUCAUGUACCAUGCCUUGCAUCGGUCGGGCCUGAUGCAACGCUUCAUCAUCCAAGACAUGGCGAUUCCAAAUCGCAACAUCCCGGCGUUCUCCCACUGGCUCGAUGCGGAACUCCCCGACAUCUAUCCACGCUGGCUGUGCCCGUUGAAACUCAACGAGAGCGUGAGCAUGCAUCCGCACAGCGCUCCCGCCGCAAACACCCGCGACGACAUCCUGCUCAACAUCGGCGUUUGGGGCCCCACUCCAUCCCGAUACACCCAAAUUGGCAUUAAUCGCAAGAUCGAGUCGAAGUUGUCAUCGCUUGGCGGCAUGAAGUGGUUGUACGCUCAGACUUUCUACACCGAGGAUGAGUUCUGGGGUAUCUAUGACCGCAGGUGGUAUGAGGCAUUACGGAAGAAAUACCACGCUGAAGGACUGCCGACGGUGUAUGAGAAGGUGAGGACGAAAGUCGAUGAGAAGGACCUAUUGUUUGGUGAUGGGAGGGGAGCCAAGAUUGGUGUUGAGAAGGGCUUUUGGAGCAUUUGGCCCUUUGCAGGGGUCUACGGGGUGCUGAGUGUUUUCAAAGGUGGGAAAGACUAUUUGCGGAAGGGGUGA